AUGGCUGACAAACAUUCGGAUGAUGUAACAAUUGAAAAGCCAACAUCAACAACAAAAUCACCACCUAAUAAUGAUGAUAAAUCACGUCAUCGAAAACGACGUGAUCGUUCACGAUCAUCAUCGGUAAAACGUCAUCGACAUAAACGAUCACGAUCGCGAUCUCAUCAUCAUCAUCGACAAAAACGACAUCGACAUAGUCGAUCACGUUCACCACGACGACGACGAUCAAGAUCAAGACGACGUUCACCACGAAGACAUUUUAGUCCAAUUAAAAAUCGAAAUAUACAUAUUGAAAUACGAGCAAAUGAAGAUGAAAAAAAACGUAUUCAAUUAGAAACAUUACAAAAAUUUAAAGAUAUGGCAGCGAACGAUACAUUAGAUUUAUCUCAAUUAACAAUUGAAGAUUUAAAAAAAGCUGUCGAUGUACCAAAAGAAUUACGAUCAAAUCAAGGUGCUACAAUUAUGUAUCAAAUGGAUGAAAUCAGAAAAUUAAUUGAAGAAUUAACUGGUAUAUCUGUUCCAAAAAUUUAUAAUACUGGUACAGUUAAUCCACUUCAAUAUGCUCAACAACAACGUAAACGUAAAUUACUUUGGUCAAAAACAAAUGAUAAAACAUCAACAAGUAAAGUUGGUGCAGCAAUAACAGAUGGACAAGAUGAAAAAACAGCUGAAAAAUUUCGAAAAUUAUUAGGUAUGAAAACAAGUGGAAAUACAAAUAAUGAUUUAACAGAAACAAAUGCUAUUAAUCAACAACAACAAAAUACAUUUGAUUCGCUUGAUAAAGAAUAUCAAACAGCACGAAUAACAACACAUUUACGACGUGGUGUUGGACUUGGAUUUCUUUCUCAAGGAUCUUUUAUACCUUCAUCAUCAGACAAAAAUUAA